CAGUGUGCACGAAGGAGGUGGUACCGCGGUAUGAAACAUUGGAAGAAAGCCCCUCAAGCCCUGGCUGAAAGCGGAACCUGUCAUUCAUCCCAGGGUCUUGGCACCAACCUCCAUCCCUCAACAGCGCAUGAAGCUUGCAAACUAAAGUGGUAGAGGCCCCCAGCUGUACAACGACGCCUGCUUUCCAAAGCCAGACCACCAACAUCACAAAUACAUGAGGCCACGGACAGGCGAACACUUCUGCACUGCAUUCGCGUAGAGCCCCCCGAAGCCGACCACUGGAUAGGAUAUAGGGAGCAUCAAUGUCAUGACAUGAGCGCGAGUGAGCAGGAUCCCAUGAUCAGGAUAUGAGUUGGAACUUGUUGGAGCGUUUCAUCGAGUCUGAGCACUUCAACAAGGAUCCUUCACUCACUGUAGCAUACCUUGCUCGGUACGCCGACCAUGUCGGCAUUCACUACGUCCUCUGCUCGAAGCUACGACAGUUUAGCUAUGAGGAGAUCGAGUUCUUCCUCCCGCAACUAUGCCACCUCCUCAUAUCCAUCGACAACGAGUCGAUGGCGCUGGAAGAGUUCAUCAUAGACUUGUGUGAAGAGUCAGUAAAUGGAGCACUGUUGACCUUCUGGCUCUUCCAAACCUACCUCCACGACCUCGCAGCUCAGCCCGCGGCCAAUGUCUUUCAAACCUGCCGUAGGGUCUACAAUAGGGUGCAAAGGAUAGUGUUUGGAGGUGGGGAGCCAUUGCGAAGAGAGAAGAUCCAGGAGAAUGUACUGCCAGUGACUGUACUCUCAAGCCUCGUGCUGGCCAGUGUAGGUCUUCCUCUACUACCACACCAUGCCGGACCGCUGGCAAUAGCUCAGGCGAGGAGGCCGCGGCCAAUUGAGGAAAUCAUAUCUGAGGCCGCUCCAGAAACGCAAACGCUCGGCCGAAGUGCCACAGUUACUGGGAGCACGAGCACCGUGAGGAACGUGCGACCGAGCUCCAGCGGGUCGAAAGACCCAAGACCACGACGAGCAAAGCGGCCGUCAGCGGUCAACACCAAUGGCAUUGAGACAUCACGUACGCAGCCAAGCUCGCCACGCACGGAAGGUAGAAAGGUUUCGUCAAGUCGGCAGUCGUUAGCUGUGACUCGGAACCAUGAAGCUUUCGUUAGCUCAUCGUCACUACCAGAUCAGCGCACACCGAGCACACCUGUUCAGAAUGUGCCUCCAUCGCCGGGCGUGCCUCGACGACCGCCUGAGAUGGCACGUCGGCACUCGCACGCCCUGCGGCCUACAACGCCUUCAGCCAUGACUAAAUCGCAAAAGGUGCGCAUGUUGCGGCAGAAUUACUUCAGGAGUCAGACACAGCUUUUAGCCGCGCUCGAAGGCAUUUCUUCACGCCUUGUCUCAGUUCCGAAGCCCGCAAGACUAAGCGCAUUGAGAGCAGAGCUGGCGCUUAUAGCUCAGGACAUACCGGCCGAAGUGGACAUCCCACUUAUCUGCCCAGCGACUCUGGUAGACGGCAUACCAAGUCGGAGUCGGCAUCACCGCAUCGUCAGGCUGAAUCCAGCAGAAGCCACGAGUCUUAACAGUGCGCAGAAGGUGCCAUACCUGCUCAUGCUGGAAGUGCUGCGUGAGGACUUUGACUUCGAUCCCGAAAGUGAGCAGAACCUGCAGCUGCUGUCGAACUUACUUGCAGAGAAAGGCAAGCCUAGGCGGCGACUCUUCGACACCUCGGACGCAGCCCGACAAGCUGCCAUGCAGUCACGGUUAUCCGAGGCACCCAGCGACAGUGUGCUUGAGCCUUCAAAUGGCGACUUGUCCAGCCCAGCGUUGCUUCAAGAUGUCGACGGCGAGCCUUCCAAAUCGACCGGUAGUCCGAACAUACCAGCCAUCAAGGAGCCUCCUCGACUAUCUAGCGGUGUCAGUACGCUGUCAUCUAUGGCUAGUCUACCGACACCACGCACCUCAGAAGGCCCGAUCAGUCGCUCUGGAAGUCCCAGUCUGCGAGGCUCGCCAUAUAUGAAGCCACAGAACCCGACGCAGCCCGACAUAUCUGCCUUGGCAGACCACAUGCGCACAGCCUCGCAGAUGUUGAAUCAGCUCGAGCUCAGCACGUCCAAGCGACCAAAGACUGAAGUAGCGGCCAUCAAAGCUAAGAUCAUUGCCAGUAUGCAGUCUCUCGAGGAGCAGAGCUUCCUCAACGAAGACGUUCUAGGUGCACCGAGCUUCGACACCAUCAUGGCACGCGCCAGUGCCGCAGCAGCCCGCACCGAAGCUGAAGACAUUGAGAGCGAGGAUGUACAGGCUCCGACAGACCCAGACAUCAACACUGGCAAAGGUGCCGCCCGCAUGGAGAACGAUGCUAUGACUGGCGGCAUUCAGCGUAAAGUCGGUGACCGAGAUGACCCGUCCGCCGCAACCUUUGGCGAGGCUUGGGAAGUCAAGAAGGAGCGCAUCCGCCGCUCUUCGCCCUACGGUUGGGUCAAGAACUGGGAUCUCAUCUCCGUAAUCGUGAAAACCGGCGACGACCUACGGCAAGAGGCAUUCGCAUGCCAGCUGAUCGCCGUCUGCUCCAAGAUCUUCGCCGAGCACAAUGUCGAAGUGUGGGUGAAGAACAUGCGCAUGCUAGUCACGGGCGAGACAUCCGGCCUCAUCGAAACCAUCACCAACGCCGUCUCGCUCCACUCCCUCAAGCGCUCCAUCACCCUCGCCACCAUCGCCGCAGGCACGAACCCCAAAAAGCGCAUCGCCACGCUGUCCGACCACUACACCAAAACCUUCGGCGCCGUUGACUCACCCGCCUACCAAAAAGCCAUCGACUGCUUCACCCGCAGUCUGGCCGCUUACAGCAUCAUCUCGUACAUCCUGCAGCUAAAGGACCGGCAUAAUGGCAACAUUCUAAUCGACUCCGACGGGCACUGCAUCCACAUCGACUUCGGCUUCAUGCUCUCCAAUUCCCCCGGCAACAUGGGUUUCGAGGCCGCGCCAUUCAAGCUCACGCUCGAGUACGUCGAGUUACUCGGCGGGCCGGAGGGAGUGCAUUAUGCACGGUUUAAAGAAUUGUUGAAGGAUGCGUUUCAGGCGCUACGAAGAGAAGCGGAACGGAUCGUCACGCUCGUUGAGCUUAUGGGAAGGGAAAGCAAGAUGCCAUGUUAUGGCGGCGGGUUGGUGAAUGUGGUGGCCGCGCUGCGGGCGAGGUUUGUGUUGGAGAAGAGCAAGGAGGAGGCGAGGGAGUGGGUGGAGGAUUUGGUGACGAAGAGUUUCGGGUCGUAUUACACGCGGCUUUACGAUACUUAUCAGUAUCGCACGCAGGGGAUUUAUUAGACGCGGUAGAGCGGGUGGCGUAUGCUGGCGUUUGGAAAGGCGCGAAAAUUGUGGCCCUUCGAUAGAUCGAGUCCAGGCGAAGUGCUUGGUUAUAGGGUAGAAUUGACUGCGAGGGCACGAUCCUGCUUCGCGCGUCGACUUCAACGCUUCGAACACUCCUAUCAUCGCUACAACAGUCGGUCACACCUCCACAUAAUUAGCAGGAAAACUUCCCACCCGCCCCCUCAACUCCCCCUCCC